ACCGAAUAUUUUUGUAUGUCUUCUUUCGUUUUGAAACGUUAAGUUUUUUGCAAAGAAUAAAUGGAUCGUCUAUUGAUACUUUAUAGUGAACAACGGACUUAUCCAACUGCGGCUGAAGUUUGCAGAAAUGUUUUGCUGGAUAUGUUGAAAAACGGAAAGGAAAACGUUGUUCGAUGGAGGAAUCCAGAUUUGUUAGAAUUUGAAAUUAUCAAUGAACCCGAACUUAGAAUUAUGUUUUAUGUGAGGACUGGAAAGAAUUUCAGGAAUGUUAUAAACGAAGGAUCAAAGUUUUUUAGAAAGGUAUUUGGUCAUGAAAACGUCUACCGUUUUCACUUCUUGCCUAGAUAUCUUCUCCCAUUUAUCCCGAAGAAAACAUUUUCGCAAAUCGUUCGAUUCUCUACUGAAACAGCUGUUUGAUUCAUUCAUUAAACUUAUUUAACUCGCAAUUAAUAACAGGAAAGCAAAGAUAAUAAAGAAUUUCAAAUGAUAA